AUGUUCUAUUCUUAAUAACCUUAUAUCUACUUUCCAUUCUAUUAGACCCAAGUUUGCUAUCCAAUCUACUUUUGCUAAGUCUAACCUUAAAAUGAAGUUUAACCUUAAAAUGAAAUAGAAUCUGUAAACAAAGAAAACAUACUUUAAUAAUCAGAUUAGUUUAAUCCAUAAAGCAAUCACACUUAUGAUAUUGAUUAAGAUAAGAGUUUUGAUUCCUCAAUUGAAAAUGAAAAUGAAAAAGCUAGCAUUAUUACUAAUGAAAAAAAAUAAGCAUAAAAAUCUUCAAAAACUUUCAAAGUACUUGAUACUACAAAUUUCCAUAAAAAUUUUGCUAAGGCAAUUGUUGCUUACUCUAUAAGACAACAAUUUCUUAUUUUUAAGAUUUUAGGAGAAUAAUAAGGAUAAGAAUUCCUUGAGCUUUUAUAAUCUCUUAAAAAUAAACUUAGCAAUUUGACACAUUUUGUCAAACAUACAAGUAAUCCGGACUUUUUAAAAACAUUUCGCAUUUUAGGGUAUAAAUAAAAAUUAAAUUUUAGAAUGAAUUUCCUUAAAAAAGAAUCUAUAUAAUACAUCUACAAUUCUAAAAUCUAAUAAAAGUCUAGCCAUUUAAAGCAUAAGAAGAUCAUCAAGAAAACUCUUUUAAGAAUUUGA